GAUGACGUUUAGUUCAAGCGACUGCACCGCGCGUUGUUUCGAGGGAGGAAAGUUUCUGCGGCGGUUGUGUUGUAACUGUCUCCUCUUACGGUGAAAGCUGUUUAUAUUUUUCGACUUUUGAACUGUUUGGAGUAGGCAUGUUCACCCCCCGCACUGCUCCGACCUCUGGUCGCAGGCAGCAGGGCAAGACCACCGGGAGGAAGAGCGUCUCCAGUUCGGCCACCAACCUGCUGUUCUCCCCGCGCAGGACGCCUUUGUCGGCGAGGUCAACACCCACCCGAGUACAGAGCCACGCAUCUGUAGAAACCAUCAACUAUGAUGUGCAGACAUUUGGCUCGUCGCUACCUGUCAAGGUGAUGGAGGCGCUGACCAUGGCCGAUGCUGAUGACCAGAUCUCAGUGAAGGUAAAUGAGAGCGGUUGGGCCUGGAUGGUUUGUGGAGAGAGACUGAUCAUCUGGAAGAUUUGUCAGACUCCUGUAGCCAAGCUGUCAGUGUGUAAGGAGCUGCAGCUGCCCAGCAGUCAGUACAUCUACACAGCCGACCUUGUGGCAGUGACGUCUGCUGCUCCUCUGGAGGUGGCCCCUGUUCAGUCCAUCUCUGUCCUGGUGCUGGCUGCUGAAGGACCGGCUCGUUUUUGGCCGAGCCUGGCACAUGAGGGCAACUACACAGAAACUAAUGUGGACCUGGGAAAUCUCUGCAACUUUGUUGUUGCAAUCAGAGGUGGGAGCUUCGUGUUAUCAUCAGUUAAGAAUCAGCUGUUGAGGGCAAGUGCUGACACUUCAGGGAAGCUGCAGUAUCGUGCUCUGCAGCAGGGUCAGGGCAUGCUGUCUGGCAUUGGACGCCGUGUCUCCAGCCUGUUUGGCAUCCUCUCUCCACCAGGCAAUGACACACUUCACAAGGUGCUGUGGGUGGGGAGAACCAGCUGCCUGUACACACUGACCUCCUCCAGUCUGAGUAAAUGGGAAGUGGACGACAUCUCAGAGCACCAGAUCUUCAGCUGGGAUACUCGCAGAGCUAUUACUGUGAGCAUCGCCGAUUCCAUCUGGGGGUCAGAGAGCAACUACGAGGAGAUGAAGGAGGGGGCAAACGUAGCGUACCUGGACAUGAAGCUCAGCCAAACUGGCCUGGUGGUUUUGGCUGCAGCCUGGAACCCAUCAGACACUCCCUGCCUGGCCUACUUCUGCCUGGUAACUCUCCAGGACAGCGGGGCCUCCAUCUCUGACCAGUUCACCGUCGAGGUGACCAAGUACAGCUGUCCAUUCCAGAGCGAUCAGGCCCUGCAGGCCAUGCGCUUGGUGGUGCCACGUUCCCCCGGCUCCACCGCCUUCCUGUACAACGAGGAGCUGGUGUACGCCUGCUCCACCGGCACCAGCAGGGCAGCGCUGCCAGACGAGAAAAUCAGUUUUAACUCAUCAGGUGACGGCAUCCGUGGCGGAGGCUUAUGCGCCGGCCUGCCGGUGUUUUUCUCCCAGAACAGCGGCCUGGUGGCAGUGGUGGCCAGAGAGAGCGCCUCCAUCCUGCCAGAGACCAUGGAGGACUCACUGUGCUCCUCGCUAGCAGCAGCACCGGAGGUUUCUGCCAUGGAGACUCCAACAAGGGCGGAGCCUGUAGCCCAGGAGGACAAGACCAAACUCCUGAAAGCCGCCUUCCUGCAGUUCUGUCGGAAUGACCUGGUGGGAGCUCAGACUGUCACAGAUGACCUCUUCCCCGCCGACAGUGAUGGAGAGAACGGAGCUGAGCUGGACGGCAUCGUGACGCAGAUUAACCUGGACCUGGUGGACGACUACCCGGCCUCAGACCCUCGCUGGGCUGAGUCGGUCCCAGAUGAGUGUGCUGGCUUUCCUCUCACGUCCCUCAUCAUCCUCCACCAACUGGAGGACAAGAUGAAGGCCCACGGUUGUUUCAUGGACUUUCUGCAGCAGGUGGGCCUGCUGGACCGACUCAGUCAGGUGACAGUGCGAUCGUCUCCCAUGGCAACGCGUCUGCUGCUGUGUGAGCAUGCUGAGAAGCUGCAGGCAGCCAUGGUGCUGAAGAACCACCACACUAAGCAUGCCGAGCUGGUGAACCGGGCCAUCAGCACGGCGCUGCAGAGGAGCAACACCUCGGUGCCGCCCAGCCUCACUGUGGCCGACGUCUUCUUCAGAGAGGUGUCUCAGAUCUCCUCUGUGUUUGAUUGUCUGCUGGAGGAAGAGGAGCGGAGUCUGAAGGAGAACCCAGUCGACUCGGUGCAGUGGGCCGAGGUGGUCCUCACAGUGAACAACAUCUUUAAGGACAUGCUUCAGGCUGCGGGUCAGUACCGAGAGACGAAGGCCUCCAUGUACAGAGCUCCUGAAAAUGCUGCUGCACAGCCUGAGUAUGUCCCAUGGACAGCAUCAGGUGGUGUCGGAGGCAUUCGUACGGUCAUUUCCCGCCAACACGACAUCACCCUGCGCUCCGUCUACCCACAUGCUGAUUCAGAGUUGCGCAGCGCCCUUUGUGAGCAGCUGGUGGCGCUGUUGGACAUCUACCUAGGCGGCUACGUAGCUCAGCUGACUUCAGUGCAACAGCAGAGGCCCCUAGGGGCCCAACAGGAGCGCUACAACAGCCUGGAGAUGGAGUACAGCCAGCGGCGCUCCGAGCUGCUGGCUCCGCUGUUGGAGCUGGGUCAGUACCAGUGGGUCGCAGCGCUGGCAGAGAAGUACUGUGACUUUGACAUCCUGGUUCAGAUGUGCGAGCAGACCGACAACCAGAGCCGUCUGCAGCACUACAUGGCCAAGUUUGCAGAUCAGAACUUUGCUGACUUCCUGUUUCGUUGGUACAUGGAGAAGGGAAAGAGGGGGAAGCUGCUGUCACAGUCGGUGGCGCAGCACCAGCAACUAGCCGGCUUCCUGGAGGCCCAUCAGCACCUCAGCUGGCUGCACCACAUCCACGUGAAUGACUACCAGAGUGCCCACAGAACUCUGUACAGCCAGGCCAACAUGGAGACGCGUUACUUUGUGAAGAAGAAGACGUUGCUGGCUCUCAGUAAGCUGACUGCGCUGGCCUCAGACCUGCCCGAAGACGAGCUCACCAAACAAGUUGACGACAUCGUGCAACAGGAGCGCUUCCUGCUGCAUCAGGAGACUCUGCCCAGACAGCUGCUGGAGGAGAAACAGCAGAACCCCGACACCAUGCCUCUGCUCUCCGCUCACAACCUCAUACAGCUGUACAUCUGUGACGACAACAGGCGAGCCAACGAGUACGACUUCACAAAGGCUCUGGACCUGCUGGAGUACAUAAACGAGGAGGACGCCGUGGACAUCGACUCGCUCAAAUGUGAGAUCUUGGGCAAAGCGCUGAGGAAAGACGACUGGUCCUCCACUGACGGGAACGAUGAUCCUCUGGAAGCAGCCAAGGACAGCAUCUUCGUCAAGAUCCUCCUCAAGCUCAUACAGGAAGGUGUUCCUCUGGAGACGUACCUGCCUGACGUCAAAGAGCUGCUGGAGCUGGACGAGCUGAGCAGUUUAAAGUCCAAACCCUACUUUGAAUUUGUCCUUCGAGCUAAUUAUGAGCAUUAUCUUCAGGCUCAGAUGUGACGUCAGCUGUCUUCUAACAUCUAACAACGUUCCAGAUUUUGUUUUUGCUCUUUUUUAAAUAAAUGUGUUUUUAUUUGC